AUGGAACCGUUAGGUUUAGUUGUUGAUAAGCUGAAAGGUUUUGCAAAAUCCACACAAGACCUUACCAAUUCCUUCCUUCACAGCUUUGGAUUCUCCAGCCGUCGCCACCCGAUUGAAAUCUUGAAGCGGUUGCAACGCGAAGCAUUUUCAGAUAUUAUGAAACUCAGGGACCGACAGGAUAAGGUGGAACGAAUACUUUCGUUUAAGGCAUCUAAGGGAAGUCCAUUUGAUGAAAAUGGCACCCGAAUAAGAGGGCAGAUAGAACUAUUGGGGCUGCUGUUAAUGAUUGAUAGAAUUCACGAAGAGAAUCAAGAUGCCAUUCGUCGAACUGGGAUAAAAACUGGUAUAAGUUCUCGGUUCACUUUUGAAACCACCGUUCGUCAAAAGGAUAGUCUAAUAGCAGAGUUUGUGGCAAGUGAUAAGGGGCAACUUGAUGCUUUAGAUAGUCCGCUUUCACUAGCAAAGGUUCUUUAUGCCGCAAAUAUCAAUGACUGGUGCUCCUUGAUUGCUGUUCCUGUGGGAGGUAGAUGCAGUGAUGUUGGACCCUCAAGAACCUCUCAUCAGGAACAUACCAAUCUUUCAUUUAGUCAACCUCCACUGUUAAAUCAACACAUUGGUAGUGGUAUCAGCUUAACUGUGAGAAAACCUAAUGUUAUUGCUUCCAUAGCUCAUUUCGUAUCCGUUCUGGAAAACCGACUUCAUUCUGCAGGAACCACUCAUUGCUUAAGCACUUUUGGGCAACUUGUAUAUCAACUUUCCAAGAGUUCAAAGCUCUCACUUUUGGGUCUACACCAAAUACCCAAAAUUUCAAGUCAACAUAUUUCUCUUGGUCCAUUAUUUCUACCAAUCGGAAUGUUUGGACGUCAUGCAGCUCCUAUGGAGCCGUUUGCCGCUGCAUCCGGAUCUACGGCUCUCGUUCUUGAGUCGGAGCUUGAUUCAAGCACCAGAAUCGGAGGUUGGAUUGAGAUGAAUAACUCGGAUUCUAGAAAUCUUCAAUGGGCAGUGUCAAUGUCCGAUCUUCCUGAAGAUGAUUUUGGAUGGGGGUUGAGGGUAUGUGGAUCGGUUAGCAAUUGGUACCAUUAUGAGGUUGAAGCAAUUUCUAAGAUGAAGUUUGGUGAAAAAUUGUCAUUAGAGCCAUCACUUGUGUUUGUGAUAGAUGGUUCAGCUCAAUUUCCUGCAUUAAUGUUGAAGUCUAGUUGGUCUUUUUGAUUGCGUUUCAGCUAUCUAUUUGUUAAGAAUGACGUUCAAAAGAAAAUUUAAAGCUCAAAGAUUGGUACC